AAGAUAGAUAACUCUUGUACCACAGAGUGCACGGAACUGACAAGAGUGUGUUGUGGUUUGCUUACGAUUGUGCCGAAUCAACUACACUGCACUGCCUUGAUUGAGCGAGACAGCUGUUUGCCUGUCUACCGGUGUUUUGAAAACAAAACAAAACAAGACUUGAACACAAUGCCUCCGAAAGGAAAACAAGGGACAAAAGGCAAGAAACAGAUUGCUGAGGAAAACAAGAGUACCCUCAGCUUUUAUAUAAAAGUUAUUGCCGCCGCAAAUGUCCUUUACUACACUGUGUACUAUUUCCUGUUUUGGGACUAUUUUACAACAACUUCAGCGAUCAUGUGUGUUCUGUGUUCCGUCAUCUACCUGGCUACGUACCAAUUCAUGGCCAGCAUGUCCCGAGCCACAUACCAUGAAGGACAGUUGAUUGACCCUGGGGUGGAUCUCAACAUGGAGGCAGGAAUGGCUGAACACAUCAAAGAUCUCAUACUCCUUACAUCUAUGGUUCAAGUUGCAACACUGAUGUCCAACUACUUCUGGUUGUUAUUGCUGUUGGUUCCUGGAAGAGCUUUUUACAUGCUUUGGGUGAAUAUACUUGGGCCCUGGUUUUUCUCACCCCCACAAGAAGAGCAAGUGGAUGAAAAGAAGCAGAAGAAGAUGGAAAGGAAGAUGAAACGACAACAAAUAGUCAGAUGAGGAUGCAGUCCCAUAGCUCUUCCUGGUGUUGUUUGUUUUUGUCUUUUACAGAAUUGUUGUGUUGGUAUAUGGUGUAUGUGGUCAUCUUUUCUGCUCUGUAUGGUGGUGUAGAUGUGAAAGAAGUCUAAGAUGAGUAGAAGUUUUUGCUAGAUGUGUGGAGCUCACUGACUUGUAUGAGAGCUUAUGAUGGUGUCCGCCUCACAGUGGCCCACUCUGGUAACUUGGAUUUUACAACAGACAGAAAAAAAAGUGGACCGACUCUGUCCGUUUACCUUUAUUACAAGUCUUUUACAUAUGGAAUUUUAGUGACUUUUUCUGCGUUUUUAAAAGUAUGACUACAACAGACAUGAUGUUGAGCAUUUUGUCCUUGAGUAGACUUUGUAGAACUUCUUUUUUUUUUUUUUUAAUGUUAUUCUUUGCCGGUUUGCUGUUGACGUCCUUAUUUAUUUUUGUCAGAGUGAUGACAAAUUUUCCUGUGGGUCUAUAAUGCCUAGAUGUAAUGAAAGGAUAAUAGCAAAAGUGCACUCAAUUUAAAAAAAAAAAAUUUUUUGGAGGGGGGGGUGGUCCAGAUCAGAUUGUGAGAUAAUGUGCUUCUGAGCAGAGAAAUAAAUGGCAAACAAAAUUUGCCAAUGUCUGUUUCAGAUCUGGCACUUGAAGAAGAAAAAGAAUGAAAGUUCUCGUUUCUUCUUCAAAAAUAAAAAUAAUUAAAGUACAAUAAUUCUUCCUUUGAUCAUCCAUUUUUCUUCGAAUUUUCUCAUAAUUAUUUUUAUUGUCCGAUCGGCUUACUAGUAUCGCUACACUGUUCAAAAGGCUGGGGCAUUAGUACAGUUCUGUUGGAAAUGCUGUUGAUAUAGUAGAAAUGUAUCAGGGAAGUAACAUAAAAAGACCUAUGGAUCUUCUACUUUUGUCAAACAUUGUGGGAAACGCUUCAAACGCUGUGUCAUUGGGAGAAAUGUGUUCAUUGUUAGAACAGUGCAUGUUGAAGUGACACCUGACGCACAAUUGACCGCAAAAAAAAGUAUGCUCACAAAAGUUUGCGGGGGAGGUGGGGGGGUUGGGGGAAAGACCUACAACUGCCAUUCUGAACUAAUUUAGAUAAAUCAGCAUCAGAUCUGCAUGGUCCCGCAAGUUCUCUGUCUAGGAUUUUUUCUCAAGACCCCCACCCCCCCAUGAACUACUCAUUCCACAUCCUGUAGGAUUUUUGGAGCAUCCUGGCUUCGGUCGUGCAAUACCAACAAGUUAGGGAAGUUAACUUUUAAAUAUAUGUACGGUUGUCGCUGAAAGUUAAGAUGCAAAAAUGAAGCCUACAACAUUUAUUUUAUUUGAUUUUUAAAAAAAUAUUUUACAACACCGAUCAAGACUUUCCGGCAUUAUCAGUGAGCCUUCACUCUCCCCAAAGUUAUUGGGACUAUUUAUGAUUACCUAUUGUGAGUUAUCCACAACUUUUCUUUUUCUUUCCGGUCUUCCAGUCCCAUUGAUGUGAAUGUGAUAAAGAUCAGACCUGUGUCAUUUCUGCAGUCCUCUUAUAAUCAGUCUCUCUGAUUCUCUGUCUCUUCUUUUUCCUUUCCACCGAGUGCUGAGCAAAGUGACCUGAAGAUUACGUUUCACAAUCACAAGUGAAGAAAUAGAUGUGAAUCUAGCUCAAACAUAGUUGACUCUUCUUCCACCCCCACCCUCCCCCAAGAAUGUUUCUUUAACAAUACUUUAAGUCGCACUGCACAGGGACUACCCUUCCCUCUAAUGUUCUCCCUGCCCAUGUUCUCUAGAACAAAAUGUCAUUACCAGUCUUAGUCUGGUUUUAUCAACAUACAGGUUGUGUUCAUAUUCUCUCAUGGUGUAAUUUCAAAAAGAACAUGGGGAAAGUACCAUACUAAGUCUAAGAAAGGUGUUGUCCAAUUCUACUUUUGUUGUAUCUGUAAUUUAUUUGGUUUGAUAUGAAAAGGGCAUAUUGGAAUCUUUGUUAAAAUAAAAUGUUGUUCUAAAAUUA